CAAUUGACAUUUAUUUGACAGCUGACAGCGCGAACAUAAAUAAUCCGCAAGUUUAUUUUCAUAAGUUUAAAUUAAUGUUAAUAUACUGUCUAUCAUCAUAUUUCGAUAAUGACCAGACACGCCAGAAAUUGCACAGCUGGAGCUGUAUAUACAUAUCAUGAAAAGAAGAAAGACGCGGCGGCCUCAGGGUAUGGUACACAAAGCGAAAGAGUUGGUAAGGAUUCUGUAAAGAGCUUCGAUUGUUGCAGCUUAACUUUGCAGCCUUGCAGAAACCCUGUAGUUACGAAAGAAGGUUACUUAUUUGACAAAGAAGCUAUCUUGGAAUACAUAAUUGCCAAGAAAACAGAAUACACAAGAAAACUAAAACAGUACGAGAAGCAACUUAAAAAAGAUGAAGCCGAGAAAAAAGAGCUAGCAGACGCUGAGAAAGAAGCGAAUUUGAUUAAAUUUAUGAGUAGAGAGAAAAACAUUUCUAAUUCUGGUUCAAGUAGUCAACCAUCUACAUCAAGUUCAGUCUCUAAUCUGGCGAAUGGCAAACACAAGGAGUUGCCCAGUUUCUGGGUGCCUUCACAGUUACCUGAUGCGAAAUUAUCAAAAGUAGAGAAACCUGACCCCACUGUAUACUGCCCUAUUAGUGGAAAACCACUUAAAAUGAAAGAUUUAAUAGAAGUGAAUUGGACUCUAGUAAAAGACCCAGAUGACAAGAAAUCAUUAAUAGCUAAAGAAAACAGAUACAUGUGUCCUGUAACACAUGAUAUAUUAAGUAAUGCUGUGCCUUGUGCUAUUAUCAGGACUACAGGACAUGUUGUCACAAUGGAGUGUGUGGAGAAGAUAAUAAAAAAAGACUGGUUACACCCGCUUACUGGUGAUAAAUUGAAAGAAAAAGACAUUAUACCCAUGCAGAGAGGUGGUACGGGCUAUGCACUUACUAAUCAAAACCUUGAAGGGAAGAAUGAAAGACCGGUUCUACAAGCUUAAUAGCUUAGUUACUUUGGUAUAGCUAAAAGUUCACUUUAGAAUGUGAAAAUAUUUCUGCUUAGUUUUUAAGACUUGGUUGAAUUUGAUGGAAAUUAAAAAUU